UGGGCGGGACUUCCGGUAUCUUCCCCGAGCGUUUGGUCGCUUUUUGCUAGCAUCUGCUCAAGCCGGGGGGUUUGAUUGCUUGUUCAGGCCGGAGGUGGAACGGUCGUCGCCGUUUCACAGACUAGUCGGAGGCUCGCGGUUGGCGACGUCCACCCACCGUGGCCCCGCGGCUGGGGCAAGACUUGUUUGCUUCCCCGACCUAGACCCGGGCCGCUCCGGGCUCCGCUUCGUCCACCGAGUCGGAUGGCGGCGGCCGCGCCCAGGGACUCGGCUGAGUGUGGUGUGACCUUUGAGGACGUGGCCGUGUACUUCUCCUGGAAGGAGUGGAGGCUUCUUGAUGAGACUCAGAGACGGCUGUACCACCGUGUGAUGCUGGAGAACUUUGCACUUGUAUCGUCACUGGGUUGCUGCUGUGGAGCAGAGGAUGAGGAGGCCCCCUUUGCACAGAGCGCUUCUGUAGGCGUUUCACAGACUGGGAUGCCCAGGGCCGCUCUGUCUUCCCGGAAGACCCACCCCUGUGAGAUGUGUGGUCCCGUCUUGAAAGACAUUUUCCACUUGGCUGAGCUCCAGGGGAAAGAAAACAGCCAGAAACUGUUGAGUUGUGGGGCCUGCGGGAAACGAUUUUCUUUCAGUGUGAGGUUGGAGCAGCAGCAGCAGCAGGAGCAGCCCACGGGAGCAAAACCAUUCAGAAACCGUGUGGACAGGGCCUCUGCUGUCAAGAGCUGGGGAUCCGGUGGUUCGGGAAAGCCCUUUACCUGUGGAGAGGUUGAGAAGGACUUGCUGUCUGGCUCGGAGCAUCUGGGGCAAGAGGCCACUUGUACUGGGGAGAAACCACACAUGAUCCCCCAGUGCAGGGCAAUGUUACAACGCGAAAACAGUCGUGGUGCUUGGGGGGGAUGUGAGAACGCCUUUGGUCCCAAACAUACAGAUACACAGGACCAGGGUGUCCACCUUGGAGGACAGUCCUUUGUGUGCAGUGAAUGUGGGAAAACUUUCAGCACUCAUACUGCUCUCCAUUAUCACCACAGAGUUCACACUGGAGAAAGGCCUUAUGAGUGCAGUGAAUGUGGCAAGUCCUUUACCCGCAGACAUAGACUCAACAUGCACCUAAAGGUUCACUCAGGUGAAAGGCCUUAUGAGUGUAAAGAAUGUGGGAAAUCUUUUAUUUGUAGGUAUGAACUCCAGUAUCAUUAUAGAAGUCACUCUGGCGAAAAACCUUUUGAGUGCAGUGAAUGUGGGAAGUCUUUUACCUAUCGCUCUGCCCUUAGUUAUCAUCAGAGAUCCCACAGAGGAGAAAGGCCUUAUGAAUGCGGUGAAUGUGGGAAAUCUUUCACUUCAAGCUCUGCACUCAGGUAUCAUCACAGAGGUCACACGGGAGAAAGGCCUUACAAAUGCAGUGAAUGUGGGAAAUCCUUUCGACAAAAACAUUCUCUCUCAAUACACCAGAAAAUUCAUAGUAGAGGAAACCCUUACAAAUGCAACAAAUGUGGGAAAUCUUUUUCUUGUAGUUCCAGUUUCCAUUAUCAUGAGAGAAUUCACACAGGAGAAAGGCCUUAUGAAUGCAGUGAGUGUGGAAAAUCUUUUAUAAGUAGUACUGCCCUCCAUUAUCAUCAGAGAGUUCACACUGGAGAAAGGCCUCAUGAGUGCAGUGAGUGUGGGAAAUCUUUCAGCACUCAUAGUGCUCUUCAGUAUCAUCGCAGAGUUCACACUGGAGAAAGGCCUCAUGAGUGCAGUGAAUGUGGCAAGUCCUUCACCCGAAGAAAUAGCCUCAAUAUGCACCUAAGGGUUCAUUCAGGUGAAAGGUUUUAUGAGUGUAAUGAAUGUGGGAAAUCUUUUAUUUGUAGGUAUGAACUCCAGUAUCAUUAUAGAGUUCAUUCUGGAGAAAAACCUUUUGAGUGCAGUGAAUGUGGGAAGUCUUUUACCUCUCGCUCUGCCCUUAGUUAUCAUCAGAGAUCCCACAAAGGAGAAAGGCCUUAUGAAUGUGGUGAAUGUGGGAAAUCUUUCACUUCAAGCUCUGCACUCAGGUAUCAUCACAGAGGUCACACAGGAGAAAGGCCUUACGAAUGCAGUGAAUGUGGGAAAUCCUUUCGACAAAAACAUUCCCUCUCAAUACACCAGAGAAUUCAUAAUGGAGGAAACCCUUACAAAUGCAACAAAUGUGGGAAAUCUUUUACUUUUAGUUCCAGCUUCCAUUAUCAUCAGAGAAUUCACACAGGAGAGAGGCCUUAUGAAUGCAGUGAGUGUGGAAAAUCUUUUAUAAGUAGUACUGCCCUCCAUUAUCAUCAGAGAGUUCACACUGGAGAAAGGCCUCAUGAGUGCAGUGAAUGUGGUAAAUCUUUUAUCACUCGUACUGCUCUCUCUUACCAUCACAGAGUUCAUACUGGAGAACGACCUUAUGAGUGCAGUGAAUGUGGGAAAUCGUUUAGGGGAAAAUCUAACCUCUCUCAACAUUGGAGAGUUCACACUAGAGAAAGGCAUGGUUCUAUAAUGAAUAUGCAAUUUCCUUAUUCAGCAUAAUGCCACUGGUGAAAACUCUUUGAGGAGACUUUUGCCUGAUUUGAAUCUUCUACGGUGGGGAAAUUCCUUAAAUUUAUCUUGUAAGUAUGUGUGGCCAUGUUGCAUUUUCUGAAUUGUCCAGAGAGCUCUCUAGAUUUUUGUAACUGACAGUUCUGUGACCCUUUCACCUCUGCCAACUGGUAGGUCCGCACAGUGCACAUCAGUCCUCAACUCAGAGAAGUUGACCUCUGUUCUUAGAACUGGAGCAGAUUAGCAGUAACUUGAGGUCUUUUUGGGGUCAGCUUUCCCUCCUCCUUGAAUACCUUCAUGUCAUGGACUUGCAUCAGUGAUGACCCAGAGAACAUCAUGAGUUUGGCCGGCAGCUUACAGAGAAUGGCUACCUUUUUUCAGGAACGUGUUGGUCGCAUGUGAUACUUGUGAUGAGUUUUUCCAGCUUCCAAGUCACAAACUGGAGAACUGUCUUCUCCACAUUGAUUUGGAUUAAAUGAUAAUCAAGGCCUUACUGUUUAAGUCUUUAAUCAUGAAUGUUCUACUUACUGUGUGGAGGAGUAGUUUAUAAAUAGAUUUGGGCUCAACAAGCAUCAAAUGGUAAACUUCUAAGAGUCUCAAACUAGCUGUGCUUGAGGAGAAAGUGGAGGAUGGCAGGAAAUAGCUUGCCAGUUUUGUUUUGUUUUAAGUAAACUCUAUGUCCAACUUGGGGCUCAAACCCCAAGAUCAAGAAUCAAGCUCUACUGAGCCAGCCAGGUUGUGCCAGUAGCCUGCCAGUUUGGACUAAAUUUGCAUUGAUUGCUGCCUCACAGCCUCCUAGCAAAAUCUGCGGGGCUUUCUGUUUUUCGUUUCAGGUCUGGAUGACGUGUGUUUUAGGAGCCUCAGUGACGAGCCCCAGGAGGGAGCAGAUGUGAGACUCUUAGUGCUUCUGCCAGUGACAUGAAUUUCUUCCCUUACUCGAAGGGGGUCUCACAGGGGAUGUCAGCACUAUUAACCUCGGCUUUACAAGCAGCCAUGUGCCCUGAUGUCCACAACCCACUGGGCUUGGGUCACUGGUUGAAAGACCACAGUGGGCAGGAGAAACCAUAAUUGGUACAGAAACACCUAACAGGAAGGGGAGGAGGCUGCAGCCAACUGGAUGGAAUGUGCCUCUUCUAGAAAUGGAUCCAGACAAGUUUCUGUGACAAUGACUAGGAUCAGUGUGUACACAAAUCUCAGGAUCUCCGGGCAUAUUUAUCUUGUGUAGGUAAAGUCAUUGUCAGAGAAAAUAAUUGGAAGCUAUUGGCGAUCCUUUUAGCCCCUGUGUUCUCCACGUCCAGGCCAGUACUACACACAGAGGAAUACAAGAGAGUAAAAGGGACUGGGGGGAGUCAGUAGUUUGUUGAUGUGGCCCUUAAGAUCCAGGCAAUGUUCCUGUUAACACCAGCGGAACCGUCCUUCACUGCUGCCUGUGUCUGCAGACACUGAGGUAAGACUGAAGCCUGGAGGACAUGGAACAGGGUGGUACUGUCAGCAUAAGGUUGCCAGAUCUAUUUUUAUUUUGAGCCAAUUUUUAAAACUAUAUAAAGGUUUAAAUUACAGAUGCUAAUAAGCUGCAUAUAUUUAAGAGUGUACAAUUGAGGGCGCCUGGGUGGCUCAGUGGGU